AUGGCACUUCUUAGGACAUUUCUGACAUCUCUUACGUUGAGUUCGACAGCAAUCGCCGACCUCAUUGGCAUCCCUACAGUGCCAUUCAAUGCCUCUAAAGGAACAUAUAAUUUAAAUGGAGUCCGCAGUAUCCUGGUCGACAGCAAACAUGCCAACGCCACAGACCAGCAUGGCCAAACUCUGAUACCACCUACUCUGCUCGAGUUUGCGAAUACUUUCGCCUCAGACUGGAAAGAUACUCUACACUGUGAGAAGCCUGCAGUAGAGUCAUGCGACGAGGCUGCCACUCACAGCAUCUUCAUCACUAUCAGUAACAGUAGCGAGUUCAGAGACGUUGCUGGACGCUGGACAUCUGAAGCAUACACCAUCGACGUGAGAGAUGACGGAGUCACGAUCAAUGGAGCAAGUCCCCUUGGCGCUUGGUGGGGAACACGCACGCUUCUUCAGCAAGCGGCUCUGAAUAAUGGGUCAAUUUCGAUAGGCCAUGGUGUCGAUACCCCAGGCUGGGGCACGCGAGGCAUCUUCCUCGACGCAGGCCGCCAUUACUAUCCACCCGACUUCCUGGUUGAAAUGUGUAACUGGAUAUCCUACUGGAAGCAGAACGUGUUCCAUCUGCACCUGAGCGACAACCUUUACAACAACGUCGACAUAUACUCCCACGAGCGCACGGAAACACUUUACGCCGCCUUUCGUCUCUGGUCCAAUGACUCUGCUGUGGCAGGUUUGAAUAAACGCCAGAAUGAAUCGUACACACGUGAGGAUUUCGAUCACAUCCAGUCUAGCUGUGCCUCGCGAGGCGUCACUGUCAUCCCGGAGAUCGAGGCUCCCGGCCAUGCAUUGGUGAUCACGCAGUGGAAACCGGAGCUGGGGAUCAGUGAUGAUGCGAGUCUGUUGAACAUCAGUUAUCCGGAUACGUUGCCGACUAUGAAGACCAUUUGGAAGACUUUCCUACCAUGGUUCCACUCGAAAGUUGUCCAUAUUGGCGCGGACGAGUACGUUGAUGCGUCUCUCUCGAAGACUGCGUUGGUGGAAGAGUAUAACCAUCUCGUGAUCGAGCUCAACUCCUACAUUCGCAAUGAAUCGGAUAAAGACGUUCGAAUUUGGGGAACAUUCCCGCCUAUGGAUAAUUAUACCUCUACCAUCCCCCGAGAUGUGAGCAUUCAGCACUGGGAGUUCUUCGAAGACAACCCUUACUUCGACUACAUCAAGAAGAACUACAGUGUCGUCAACUCGGACGACUCCUUCUACAUCGUCCAGAAGUAUAGCACGUCAUACCCGGCCCAGCUCAACAAGACGAGGAUCUUCCACGGCAAUCCAGAUGGCUCUGCUUUCUCGCCGAACAUCUUCGAUCAGACUAAUGCUACCAACAACCCGCCAAAGGACAGCCCAUACGUUAUCGGACACAUUGCAGCGCAGUGGAACGACUACGGUCCAAAUACGUCGACUUAUCUGGAAGGCUACUACCCUUGGCGUUACUACCUCCCUGCCCUAGCUGAUAAGCAAUGGGGCGGCUCGCUCCUUGAAUCAGACUACGACCGCAUCUACCCAACCCUCCAGUCCACCGCACCAGUUCAGAAUCUAGACCGCAACGUCAAGUCUAAAACUUCCACAAUCUUGGAGUACAACUUCGCCUCCCAGCCAGCCACAUACAGCGACUCUUCGAAAUCGAACGUGAAGGACUUGUCAGGCAACAAUUACCACGCCACCACUAACUGCAAUACCCAAGACUCAACUCUUCACCUCUCCAAGGACUGCUCGCUCCUCACACCUCUUACCUCCAAAGGCAACGACUAUACCCUAUCUUUCUCCCUCAAACAAGCCUCCAAGAACCCGGGACCCCUCUUCUCCGGUCCUGACAGCUCCCUUCACUCCGGAAACGGAACAUCUUCGCAAGUGAUGCUCAUAGCAGCCGGUAAUGCAUUCGCGCUGAAUUACAGUCUGCCAGUGGGGCAGUGGACAGACGCCAGUCUGAUUGCACGGGGGAACAAGACGUUUCUCGCAGUGGAUGGUGGCAAGGAGAUGGAGUUCUUGACGAAGGUGGGAGUGAACGGCGAGAGGUUCGCAUGGGCGAGGAUGGCGGUCGUUGCGCCGUUGAGCAUGAUCGGAGGUGGAGGAUGGGAGGGGGAGAUGAAGAGUGUGAAGGUGGUGGAUCAUGCUUAG